GUCGGCUUCGAGCGGCGGUGAUGGGCGGAGUGACGGGCGGGGUCGGGCGGUGGCGCGCGGCAGCGGUGGUAAUGGUGCCUGGGAGCAGGAGGACAUCAACGCACUCGUUGUUGCCACGCUCAACCAGUGCAUGCCAGGACUCAACCUCGCCGAGAGUGAUAUAGACCGCGCCCAUCGUCUCCCAGGCCCCAACCAUCGAGUGAUUGUGCCGUUCGUGCGAUCGGGGCAGGGAAGUGUUCGCGACGCGGUGAUGGCGCGGCGCCUCGAGCUGCGCGGGAAGGAUCUCUACAUCAACGAGUCCCUGACCAGACUCCGAGGUCUGAUCUUCCGCUCGCUUCUAGCAGCAAAACGCGAGAAGAAGAUCUACACGGUGUAUUCGCGAGGAGGUCAGGUGUACUUUAAGGAGCAGCAGUUCGGCGUGGGAACCCGAGUCGACUCCCUUCAGCGGCUGACAGACCUGGGCUACACGGUCAUCGAGCGCUGAACGAGCAGACGCUCCCAAGGUCAAUCGAUCGACGAACUGAGGGACUCUUGCGCGGCGGGUACCAAUUCAGCCCUUGGAGAUCAUAUUAAAGAAGAUUCUACACCUCUGAAGAAAUGUCAUCUAGUUCCUCCAAAAAAGGAGUAGAAUAUUAUGCAGAGAAAGCAGCCAGAAAAUAUCUUGGCUCUGGCGAGUCAGCUGUGGUAUCUACAUUAAUUUCCUAUGUGAAUGCUGGGUAUACCAAGGACAAAACAAUCAGCAAGCUCUCUUCUUUGGUUGACCCAGCAAAGGCGAAUAAACUAACAACACGUCUCUAUGAGACCUUAGAAGAGAAGAGGUUGGGGCCACAAUACUCAUCAAAGCGGUCUUCAGCCGCCGCGGAGACGACUCCUGCCGCCAAGAGGCCCGCCGCCCCAGCUGCCGACCCACCCCAGAAUGGCGCAGCGAAGAAAAUGCGCUGGGACCAGCCGGCGGCCGCCCCCGCCCCCGCCCCCGCGGUGCCUCCGGCGGCGGGGGCGGGGGAGGCCGGCGGCAAGGCGCCGCUCACGCCUCAGCAGAUAAAGGAGAUGAUGGCAAAUGCCCAGAAAAUGAUAGAAAUGCGUAAGAAGACACUGGGCGCGCUGCAGUCUCAGGGCGCGGCCCAGUCGCCGCUGAUAUCGCAGCCGCCGCCGCUCAUGGCCGGGCCGCCGCCGCCGCCUCUGAUGGGAACGCCGAACCCUCUGAUGGGCGCAGCGCUGCCGCAGCCGGCGCUCGGAGCCGGCGGGGGCACCAUCGACUCGCCGUUCGCUGACAAGGCCAAGAAGAUCGCCGACCUGCAGGCUGAGAUCGCGGCCAAGCUGUCGAACCUGCCGGCGCGCUCCACGGACCCUGCCGACAAGCCGCGGCCGCUGAUCCUGGACGACAGUGGCCGCACGGUGGACGCCUCGGGAAACGAGGUGCAGAUCGCCGCUCGGCUGCCCACGCUGAAGGCGAACAUCCGUGCCAAGCGCCGCGCCGAGUUUCGGCAGCAGCUGCAGGAGCGGCCCACAGAGGAUGUCAGCGAGGCGGCCUUCUUCGACCCGCGCGUCUCGCUGCGCCCCUCCACCCGCGGCCGGAGGGCGUUCAACUUCCACGAGCCGGGCAAGUUCCAGCAGGUGGCGGCCAGGAUGCGCACCAAGGCGCAGCUGGAGAAACUGCAGAGCGAGAUCUCCCAGAUCGCGCGCAAGACGGGCAUCUCGUCCGCGAUGCGUCUGGCGAUGGUGGCCCCCCGUCCGGCCACGUGGCAGCCGUCGGUGGCCGGCGGGCCGCCGCAGAUCGAGUGGUGGGACCAGGUGGUCACCCAGACGGACACGUACGAGGCGGCCGAACAGAAACCCGAGGAGGAGCGCUACGAGGGCAUCACCAGUCUGGUGGAGCACCCCGCCCAGAUGGCGCCGCCCACCGACGGUGACAAGAACGUGUUCCUGCCGGUGCUGCUCACCAAGAAGGAGCGCAAGAAGCUGCGGCGCACCAACCGGCGCGAGGCCUGGAAGGACAAACAGGAGAAGAUCCGACUCGGCCUGGAGCCGCCUCCCGAGCCCAAGGUGCGGAUGUCCAACUUGAUGCGUGUGCUGGGCAACGAGGCCAUCCAAGACCCGACCAAGAUCGAGGCGCACGUGCGGGCUCAGAUGGCCAAGCGUCAGAAGGAGCACCAAGACGCCAACGCGGCGAGGAAGCUCACUACCGAGCAGCGCAAGGAGAAGAAGAUCAACAAGAUCAAGGAGGACACGACCACUGAGGUGCACGUGGCCAUAUACAGGGUGACGGACCUGUCUAACCAGGCCAAGAAGUUCAAGGUGGAGACGAACGCCAACCAGCUGUUCAUGACAGGCGCCGUGGUCCUCUUCAAGGACGUCAACGUGGUGGUGGUCGAGGGCGGGCCCAAGCAGCAGAAAAAGUACAAAAGGUUGAUGCUCCAAAGGAUCAAGUGGGAAGAGGACAUGGUGAAAGGAAAGGAGGACGAAGAGGCUGAAAACAAAUGCACCCUGAUCUGGGAGGGUACCACGAAGCAGCGGAACUUCGGCAAAAUCACUUUCAAGCUGUGCCCGAACGAGAGUUUCGCUCGCGAGUACUUCAGGAAGGCCGGAGUGGAGCACUACUGGGACCUAGCGCACAGCUCGUCUGUCCUCGAGCAGGAGACCACGUGAUCAGCGCUGUGACACACGCGGCGAGAUGUGACAGAGUCACGUGGUCUGACACACGGUUGAUCCGGAACAGGCCACGGAAGCCCAGCCGCUGGCACCAAGGCCAGAUCACGUGCUGAUGGAAUUGAUUUUGGAGCGGUGUUGCGUGAUUAGUGAUUACCCACGCCGCUGAUGGAAAGUCACGUGAUGAGGUCCUGGGGUCAGUUCCGCGCAGCGAUGUGUGUUAUGUCGGCGAGUACCAGGCGGUGCCACAACCCUGCUAGCUGUGGUUUGGUGCGGUACUGCUGUGGCUGGGUGACGCGUCGAGCGCUCAUCUUUCUCCCCUUUUACACGUCGCGGUGCUCUCUCACGCCAUGGCGACGACAAUGGUGCUGCUGUGAAGACUCGCGUCACUCUGAAUCAGUGGAGUCGAGGGGAAACUGUUGUGUCUGGCCGACCGGCUGGCCGUGCGGGCUCUCGUGGUUGGGAUGUGCCGCUCUCGCCACUGUGUGGUGUGGACGAGUGGAUGAGGAACUGGUUGAAUGGCGGCGGGGAGUUGGGAGACCGUCGUAUUGUGUGGCAUGACCUGCCAGUGGUGGGACGUUAGGUUCGGCGGCUUUGAAGGUCUAUAGAAGCAUGAGGUUUUAGGCGGCCCCUUGACCAUACGGUGUACGAAUCCGGUGACAUGACACUACCCAUCACCGAUAGCGAAAAGCCCGUGUGAGGAUCUCCCUUGCCCGCCGAAUCGGUUCGGAGUUGUUGAGCUGGUGACUGGUGUGAGUGAAAAUAUAGCCGAGUAUGUCUA